AGAAGGGGGUGGCGCCCAUGCAAGUGCGGGGCAGGGAGGCGCAGAGGGAGAGAGAGGGAAUCUCAAGCCGACUCUGAGCUGAGUGGUGAGCCCAGUGCGGGGCUUGAUCUCAUGACCCUGAGAUCACAACCUGAGCUGAAAUCAAGAGUUGGAUGCUUACCUCACUGAGCCACCCAGGCGCCCUGAGAGUGUCACAUUUAGAGCAUGGAGGCUCUGUGCUCCAUCCCACAUACCCUGCCUUAUACGUUUUUUCUGUCUGGCUAUUCCUGAGUCGUAUCAUUUUAUAAUAAGCCAGUAAUCUAGUAAGUAAAAUUUUCUCUGAGUUCUGUGAGCCGCUCUAGCAAACUAAUUGAAUCCAAGGAGGGGCUCGUGGGAACCUUCCAUCUAUAACUAGUUGGUUAGAAGCACAGGUUAGACUUGUGAUUGGCACCUUAAGGGGGGUAGCAUCUUGUGGGACUCAGCCCUUAGCCUGUGGGAUCUGACUCUUUCUCCGUGUAGAUAGUGUUAGAAUUGAGGUGCAUUAUAGGACAUCCAGCUGGUGUCAUAGAAUUGCUUAGUGUUGUGGGCCCCCUCGCUCCCAACUCUGUGGGAAUUGCGUGCGACAUUGUGGUGGUAAGGGGAGGCCCUUCUUCCUAUCCGGCAGUACUCAAGCAGCAGGAGAUGUUCCUGACCGUUACCUGGUCUCUGUCUGGUCUCUGCUCUGGUCUGGUCGGCUACCGCAGAGUCUGGCACCCUCACCUCUCGGUUGCUGGCACUUAAAGCAGUGGUUCUCAACCCUCGUUACACGUUAGAGUUUCUCCAGGAGGCUUUAAAACCUCCUGGUCUGGGCCCCUUUCCAGACCAGUUAAUCAGUGUCUCUGGUGUGGGGCCUUGUGUUUUCUGACGCUCCCGUUGGUACAUUGGGUAGCAUCUUUGUCUCCGACCUCUGCCUGGCACACCCAGACCUUCCGGUCUAGUCCGUCAGUGGGUUCUCUAGGAGGAGUAUGCAAGCUUCAUUUCGAUGUGCCGGCCAGCAGGGCUUUCCUCUGUGCCUGAGGCGUGAAUUGGCAAGGUCUGGUGAUCUUGUUCGUUAAUGAAUAUACUUGUCAGACCUUGUUUUUACUGUAUUUGAGCUAUGUUUGGAUUCUCUUUAUGUGAUGAAGGUGUUGGUUUGAGAGUUGUUACCAGCUCGAGGAUGUCAGAUGAGGGACCAUUUUCACUAUUUCAAAGACUCUGGAAAUUUUGUAGUGAAGUGUCAAGUUUAUUUAUUGUAGGCUAAAUAUGUCAAUUUAUAGGAUAUCCCAUGCUGAUCAGAAUUGUUUGCUGGCAGUCAUAUGUUUGAUUAUCAAAAAUGAUAAAGCUGUAAUGGUUACUCACUGGACACUGAAUGGACACCUGUCCUUUUGGUUUCUAGACCUCUGCCUUUUCCUCCAGGACAUGGCAAGGAGCCCUAGGCUGGGUUAGGGGCCCUGGGAGGGAGCCUGAGGCUUUUGGUAUUCUGAAUUACACAGGAUUGGUUAACCCUUGGGGGAAGAGUGAGAGUUGUGGAAAGACCUUUUGUAUGAGUGAGGGCAUAGCCCUUAACUGGUCUAGACACAGGGUGUGCUGGAGGCCUCGGAAAUUUCACACCUGGACUCAGGAGGAGAUGCGGUACCCGGUAGGGGCUGAGUGUUCAGAAGAUAAGGGCUUCUCCUCCUGCCUGUGUUAGGGUCCCAUGAGGUGGGACCAGUCCUGAUCCCCAGGGGUCCCUGGCUGAGGGUGAAGGGCCUGACAGUGCUGGCGAGGUGUAGAGCCUUCAAGGAUGGUUUCCAUGGGGGACCCUUGUCUCCUUGGAGGUAACCAGAGGGUGACAGUGGUUUGAGAUGCACUGGUUAGGACUUUAUGGAACGCACUGAGUGAUCAGAUCAUUCAUUUUGAGUGUAUGUACCCUGGCAGCCAAACAAAGAACCAGUUAUAAAACCUGGCACUGAGCUUUGUGUUUUGUUUUUGCCCCAUCGUUCCUGUUUGGGAAGGCACGUGAGAGCCACUGCCCUGCGUGUCUGCAGUGGGGACGUGGUAGCGGCCUUUUCCCCAGCCGGGAGGGCAGGACUGGGGGUUAGUUUCACCGUUCUUGGAGUGUGAGGCUGGGCUGGCAUGUACUUGGGCUGAGACUGGGCUUCCUCCUCUGCUCAGUUCCUUCUACAGAUUUCCUUGUCAGUUUGCGUAACAGGAUGGACAAGAUAAAUUAAUUGGCUGGUAAAGCACUGAAGGAAUUUUUGCCUUAAUUUUGCCACAUUCCGCUUUCAGGCCGCAAUCCUCUGUUUCAGGAAACUCUUGGGCUCAAGCCUCACGUGCUGGUCCUCAACAAAAUGGACUUGGCAGAUCUGAAAGAGCAGCAGAAAAUUAUACAACACUUAGAAGGAAAAGGCCUAAAAAAUGUUGUUUUUACCAACUGCGUAAGGGAUGAGAAUAUCAAGCAGGUCAUCCCGAUGGUCAGAGGGCUGGUUGAGAGCAGCUACCGUUAUCAUCGAGGAGAGAGCCUGGAGUACUGUGCCAUGGUGAUCGGGAUCCCCAACGUGGGCAAGUCCUCACUCAUCAACGCGCUGAGGAGACAGCACCUGAGGAGAGGAAAAGCUACGAGGGUGGGCGGCGAGCCUGGGAUCACCAGAGCUGUGAUGUCUAGAAUUCAGGUGUGUGAGCGGCCACUGAUGUUCCUGCUGGACACUCCUGGGGUGCUGGCCCCUCGGAUUGCAAGUGUGGAGAUGGGCCUGAAGCUGGCUCUGUGUGGAACCGUGCUGGACCACCUGGUGGGGGAGGAGACCCUGGCCGACUACCUUCUCUACACUCUCAACAGGCACCAGCUCUUUGGCUAUGUGCAGCACUAUGGCCUGGACGGAGCCUGCGAUGACAUAGCCAGUGUGCUGAAGCAGGUGGCUGUGAGGCUGGGGAAGACGCAGAAGGUGAAGGUGCUCACAGGGACAGGGGACGUGAACGUCCUCCAGCCCAACUACGCUGCCGCAGCCCGAGACUUCCUCCGCACCUUCCGCAGCGGGCUGCUAGGCCCAGUGAUGCUGGACAGGGAUGUUCUGCGGGGCGCCCCCUUGGCAGACCCCUGAACUGGUCCAGCUGGCAGGGCCUCCCUCCUGCCUGGCCCUUGGCACCAGACAUUGGGACAUCGCGGGCCCUCACAGCCAAGAAUUUGACGCUGGGACUCUCUUUCCCGAAAUCUCCAUGCUGGUCACUGUACGGUACUCAGGUCUUGUCUCUAGGACGGAGCCUGUACCUGCCGCCACUCCACAGCCUGGCCAGUUGCUGGUUACACGGCAGGGUGCCCGGGGUCUGGAUAUCGGGGCUGCUGACAUCUCUGAGCUGUCCCUGUGAGCCUUACACGUGCUGAGUAUCUCUUAAGAAGCCGACGUUUUCUUAGGAGGUGAAAGUACAGUCUGUAAUUUAAACGAUUUGAAAGGCCUGUCUGUGCUGUGGCUGAUUUGUUGUGACCAGUAGCACCUUGGGCCCACGUGUUAAGGCCUCUCUCAGCAAGAAGAAUGGGGAUAUGAGCCGCUUAGUAAGCAUUCUCGUGUUAGGUCCUUGGUAGUGUGCUGGGUCCUGCAAUAAAGAAGACUGUUUGCCA